GUGCCGUGGACGUGCAAUCCUCCUCGUACCCAUUAAUCCUGCUAUUGCAACCUCCUAUUCUUGCGCACUCAGCACGCCAGUUGCUUGUUUGUAGUCGCGUGUGCAAGCUUCCGUCUCGUGCCGGUAUGGGUCUUUUCUCAAUUCUGCCUGAGAGCUUCGCGGUGGUGGAGACGUGGAUUACGCGCAUAUUCCUUUUCCUCGGCCUUAUAGCCAUUGCCCCGUGGGCCGUGCUGCUCGUCUACGACAUACUCUUAUACGUCUUCCGCGCCGGUGCGCACGAGAUACCCGUCGUGGGUGGACGCGCCCGGGGAAAGUCCAGGCCCCGUGCUCCCAGUCUUACAGAACGGCCAAGCGGUCGCCGUCGCAAGUUUAGUCUCCGUGGCUUCGAGAAGCCGGUGCUGAAUACAGGGGGUACAAAUACCGACUCGCACGACGCUCGAUCCCGUCGCAUAACAGAGGAGACAACGGAGGAUUCGUCGUCAUAGUUUACUUGGAGCCAGACCUACAAUGGAACAUUCACAAUUUAAGUCAUGUUCGCGA